AAUUGUAAAGUAACUACAUUAAAUGGUAAGUGUAAUUUAUGUCAAGAAAACACGUUUUAUAAUUACGAACAACAAACUUGUGUUCAACAAAAUUAUUCAAUUGAUAAUUGUAGUCUAAUGAAUUUUGAUAAUGAUCGUUGUAUAAGUUGUCAAAUGGGAUUUUUUGAACAAAAGAAUAUCUAUGUUAAAUGUCCAAACAAUUGUAAAAACAGUUAUGACAAAAAUAACUGUAUUCUCUGUGAGACUGAAUAUUUUCUUUAUAACAAAAUGUGUUUGUCUAAUUCCACUGUAACUAGUAAUUGCAAAAGGCUCAUUCAAAGUAGUUCAAUGUGUGCAUUGUGCGAAAACAAGUAUUAUAGAAAUGUUAAUAAAAAUUGUGAUAAUUGUUUACAAGGUUGUAAAAAUUGUUACACAAAAGACAGAUGCAUUUCUUGUGAAAAAGACCACUUUUUAACAACAAACUCGAGCGCAUGUUUGUCAUUUGAUUUACUUUCAAAUUGUUUACAAAAAACACAAAGUGGAUGUUUGCAAUGUUCUGAAGGGUAUUUCGUACUCGACCAAAUUUGUGUUUUGUGUUCUUUCAAAAACUCAAAUUGUGAAAAAUGCAAUCCAAAUUUUUUUGUACUUCAUGUAAAAAGAAUUAUAUUUUAUCAUCAACUUCACAAUAAUGGUUUAUCUUGUUAUACACAAAUAGUUAGGUGGGUUAUAUUAAUUUGUGUCAUCGUUGCAUUGUUGAUAUUAACAACAGUUAUUAUAUUGGUUGUUAUAUUGUUUGUGAAAAUAUUCAAUCAUUUAAAACAUAAAAAUCAAAGCCGUCAUAUGUGUCUUUUCACAAUGAAUAAAUCAAAUGUUCAAUUCGAAAAAAGUGAAAUUGACGGUCUUGUUUUAAACAAAAGAGAAAUUCGUUUUUCGAAUAAUGAUAUAUAUGAAAAUAAAAUCCCAAUUUAUAAACUAACUCGUGAGUUGAAUGUACACUUUUUUCAAAAAAGCAGUCAUCGAAUACUUUUUAUAUUUUUAAUAAAAAUGUUUUUUGAAGAUCGUUUUUUAAUUUUUUACAAAAAUAAAACUAAUAGAAUUAAUUUUAAAAAAUACUUCCCUAAAACAAUAAACAUAAUAAAAGCAAAAACAAAGGACACUUUAGUUGUGACUCUUAUUUUUUUAUAUUUGUAUGUUCUAAAUUAA